UCUAUCGGCCUGUACCCUCCACUCGUACUGAAAAGGUUCCAGGCAGACCAGCGCCCACUUCUGGAAGAACCUUUCUGGACCACUGAGGAUGAACGGUUCUGGCACCUGUCCAGUGAUUUCGGCCGUCCGGAUUUUGCAUGCAGCAUCUGACAGACCAGCCAGGUCACACGCCGGCCCCUCUACCGCUUGCGCGAGCCCAGCUGCACCCUCCCAUCCCUCUCAAGUUCCCGCCCCUCCUCCUCCUUGAACCUCUCAACCGCCUCUCUCGCAACCUGCCUCCACGCUCUCCUCUUACCCUCCUCCGGAUCCGGUCUCCUCGGACAACUCACCGAAUAACACUUGCCUCCCUUCCUACACGUCGACGAAUAGCACUUCGUCAGCAUCUCACAAACACCAUGAACCUCCACCGGCCCCUGAACAAACUGAUACAACUCAAACCGAUUGUCUAUCAGCUUACAUCUACCUUCAACCUGGCGGAACAUCCCCUCGACCUCUAGCGCUCGACCGACGAAGCAUGCGAGAUUUCGAUCCGACGUUCGGAGGAUGGAGGAGAGAAUGCCGACAGCUUGGAGGCCGGUGAAAGUGUUUUUGUAGACUUUUCAUCGCGGACGCGGGUCUGCAAGGUGAGACGAUGGAACAGAGCUGCUGCGACUUCGGAUAGGAGUG